UCUCUCUCUCUCUCUCUCAUCACCAUCAUCUAGCUCUCCAAUAAUCCUCACAUCAAAUGGUGAAGAGCAAGGUCCUCGUCGUCGGUGGCACCGGCUACAUCGGCCGUAGGCUCGUGCGGGCAAGCCUCGACCAGGGCCACCCUACGUACAUCCUCCAGCGGCCAGAGAUCGGCCUCGACAUCGACAAGCUCCAGACGCUGCUGUCCUUCAAGAGGAGCGGUGCCCACCUCAUCGAGGGCUCGUUCUCAGACCCGAGGACGCUCGUCGACGCCGUGAGGCAGGUCGACGUCGUCAUCUGUGCCAUGUCGGGCGUCCAUUUCCGGAGUCACAACAUCCUGAUGCAGCUCAAGCUCGUGGAGGCCAUCAAAGAAGCUGGAAACGUUAAGCGGUUCUUGCCAUCGGAGUUCGGGACGGACCCGUCCCGCAUGGGUCAUGGAAUUGAACCAGGAAGGGUCUCGUUCGAUGACAAAAUGGAGGUGAGAAAAGCAAUCGAGGAGGCUAAAAUCCCUUUCACGUAUAUAUCGGCCAACUGCUAUGGUGGUUAUUUUGUGGGCAAUCUCUCUCAACUAUCGAGUCUCACUCCUCCAAAAGACACUGUAUAUCUCUAUGGAGAUGGCAACGUCAAAGCUGUUUUUCUCGAUGAAGAUGAUAUCGCAACAUACGCAAUCAAAACGAUUGAUGAUCCGAGAACACUGAACAAGACGGUGUACCUGAGGCCACCUGAGAACAUUCUGUCGCAAGGACAACUGGUGGAGAUGUGGGAGAAGCUCAGUGGAAGGACCCUGGAGAAAAGAAGCAUUUCUGCAGAAGACUUCCUUGCCUCCAUGAAAGGACGGGGUUAUGCAGAGCAAGUGGGAGUAGGGCAUUUCUACCACAUAUUCUACGAAGGCUGUUUGACAAACUUUGAAAUUGGGGAAGAUGGAGAAGAAGCUUCCCAGCUGUAUCCUGAAGUUCAAUAUACCCGCAUGGAUGAAUACCUGAAGAUUUAUGCAUAAUCGUACUAAGAAGCAUUUGAACCAAUCAGAGUUCACUGUAGCUAUCAAAAUAAAAAUCUUGAAUUCACUAUAAUGAUUCUAUCGUCUCUGUUAUUAAAAACAAUGGUGUGAGCCGAGAAUUUCGAUUUAUGAUCGCAUUCUUUUCGGUCUAAGGAGAAAACAAAGACCAUCUCAGAGUAUUCCUACAACGAUCCUAGCUAAGGUAUUCUGGGUUAUUCAAAAGCUGUUCUUUGUAAUUAGUGAAAAUAAGAUAACUCAGGCACAUGGGAAUUCACAAGAAGAAGAGGCUUGAUCAUUUCUCAUAACUCUUACUUAAAAAUUCAGGUAUUGCCAAUAGGCAAUCUUUUGUUUCAUAAUAUAACUCCCAGUCAUUUGAGUA